AUGAAUGGAAUCGUACUUUUCUUGGCGGUCGCCCUGACCUCCGGCCUUUUAAUGGCCUCCGCAGUAAAUUUGCCUGGAGUACCGGUUGAUUUUGAAGUGGACGAUAAAGUAUUAUCCGCUAUUGCUGAUGACAUAGCGGAGCGCCUCGCCAAGGAGUACGUGACCUAUUUGAAAACCGGAGUUGAGACGGCAGCAUUCAAGAAACUAACCCAACAACUGGCCAAGUCUCACAGCCAGAAGGAUAUUUUCACCCGGAAUAUGCCCGAUCUGGAGCCAAGAGACAGCUUCUUUGUGUGCGUAGCAUGCCGCUCCGUGAUGAGAGUCUUCAUCCGCACAAUUCGCGAAGAGGAGGGCGAGCUCCAUGGGGAAGGCAGCUCCGUUCUGAUGAAGGAUUUCGCCAUGGACUUCUGCCGGAGAUUGAACCUUCAGACCGACGAGGUUUGCGAAGGUCUGAUUGACUCCAACCUGCCCUCAGUGGAGUACAUUAUGCGUAACUCCGAGAGUGACUCCCAGAGCUUCUGUUCGCUUUUCAUGGAAUUCAGUUUCUGCAACACUGGAACCAACCAGGACUACAACUGGACUCUUACAGUGGACAAUUCUGUGCCAACUUUGACCAGUUCCAAGGCAGACACCGAUCGCUACAGUGAAUCGGAUCUCAAGAUCUGCCAGUUUACCGACAUCCACCACGAUCCCUUGUACGAACCCGGUAGUCUGGCAUCCUGUGCCGAGCCCAUGUGCUGCCAGAGAAACAAGGAUACUGUGGAAGGCACCAGCGACGCUGCUGGAUACUGGGGCGACUACCGGGACUGUGAUCUUCCCUGGCACUCUUUUGAGUCUGCUUUGGACAACGCAGUAGCCAACCACAAAUGCGAUUACGUCUACCAGACUGGUGACAUUGUUGAUCAUAUGGUGUGGGCCACUUCGGUGGAGAAGAACACUGCUGUGCUAACUAAGGUGAGCCAACGUCUCAAUGAGGCUUUCGGUGAUGUACCUGUCUAUCCCUGCAUUGGAAACCACGAGCCGCAUCCUCUCAACCUCUUCAGUCCCGAAGGGGUCCCUGAUGAGAUCAGCACUAAGUGGCUGUACGAGCAUUUGUACAACGACUGGUCCAAGUGGCUGCCAGAGGAGACCAAGGAAACUAUACUGAAGGGAGGUUACUACACCGUUUCACCCAAGAAGGGAUUCCGCAUCAUUGCCCUGAACAGCAAUGAUUGUUACACGGAUAACUUCUGGCUAUAUCACAGUGGCACCGACAAGAUUCCCCAGCUUCAGUGGUUCCACGACACCCUUCUCGCCGCCGAGAAGGCCGGAGAAUAUGUUCAUGUGCUUACCCACAUUCCUUCCGGAGAUGGAACCUGCUGGUCCGUGUGGGCUCGCGAGUUCAACCGAUGCAUCACCCGCUUCAGUUCCACCAUCAGUGGAAUCUUCACCGGUCACUCCCACAAGGACGAAAUCUUUGUCUACUACUCUGACGAAGGUCAUGCCACGGCUGUGGCCUGGAACGGAGGGGCUGUGACCACUUUCUCGAACAAGAACCCCAACUACAGAGUCUACGAUGUGAAUCCAACAUCGUUUGUGGUAACCAAUCACCGAACGUGGAUCUACAAUCUCACGGAGGCCAAUCUGACUCCCGAUGAGCAACCCGAGUGGUUCGAGGAAUACCAAUUCAUGAAAGAGUUCACCGAGGACACGAGUCCUGCGGGCAUUGAUAAGCUGCUGGACGAACUAGCUUCUAACCCGGAAUUGAUGAGGAAGUACUGGCGUUUCCGAGUGACCCAGGGAGAUCCCUACCUGCAAGGUGGCUGCGAUCGUACCUGCCUGUCUGGAUCCCUGUGCCGUGCUGCUGUGACCGUUAACACUCAAACAGGACGAUGCGAGGAGCUUCGCGCCAAACUUUAUGCUGCUCUGGACAAUGAGGGAAACACAACACCCGGAGAUGGUGGUGACACAACUCCAGGAGACGGAGGAAGCAGUCCUGGAACCACUCCUGGAGAUAAUGGAGACGGUGGUGGCGGAUCCGCUACCCUUAGCCUGAUUAGCAUCAGCUCCCUGCUGGCUGUUGUCCUGGCCAUGCGCCUUAGCUUCUAGUGCUCGCUUAUUACAGUAGCCCUAAGUUAUAUAAUUCGAAUGGAUUCCAUUCUGAAUGUGACCACUCUCAAGUGGCAAAUAGAAAGAUUACUUUAUCAGUGAUUAGGUCGAAUUAACCUAUGUUGGCCAUAAACUAUAGCUAACUUUAGUCGAAGUUUAUGGCCUAGCAAUGAUUAUCGGAUUAGGGCCCAAACAGCACGUGUGAAAAACUUUUGUUGUUGAUU